AUGACCCUCGAUAUCUCCGGCAUUAAUGCCACGUCACUCCACAAUGUGGAAACCUGGGUUCGCGCCUACGAGAGCCUGGCAGAGCAAGGGCUUGCGUCAAUCGGCCCGAGUACCCAGAACGCCCAUGAGGUGCUGACGGACCAGCUGAAUGAUGCAUGCAAGCAGCUCAUCAGUCGCCAAACGACGUACCUCCAAGAUAGCGACGAGUACUCCAACUACAAGCUGGCUGCUGGCGUGGGUGGACUGGUUCCUUUUGGAAAGACGAUUGUGAGCCACGCCAAAGGCAGGAAAUUUGCCGGCAUGGCUCUCAGGCUCCACGGCCUGGCCGACACGGAGGGACUCAAGGCGUUGCACGAUGCCUUUAUCAAAGCACAAAGUACCAACAAAGACCUGGCCUGCAAGCUCUCGCUGAAUGCAGGCGCCAUCACCCUGGAGCAUUACCUGGAAUUGGGCGACUCGCUUGCCGAGGACGUGGCGGUGGACACAGCAUCCGAGCUCGUACACAUGAAGCCCAUCAUCGGCCAGCUCAUCUCCAUGACCUUUGCGUACAAAAGGAUGGACGACAAGUUGACCUCCAUCUUGGAAAAAUCGGCCGAAAAGGCGACCGAGGUGCAUCGACAGCUAGUGAUACCAACCGUCGUCUUCGACAUCCUCAACAAGAACACGAAGAAGGCGGGACGCCACGCCUUCAAAGUCUCCUCCAUACCCGCUGAACUGUUCCAGUUCAAGGACUCGUCCCUUGCGGACGUGACGACAAAGUGGUUGAAGGAAAAGGGCCAAGAGAAAUGUGUCAAAAUCGCAGCGUCGCACGUGGCCGAGAAGUUGGCCGCCGCGGCAACCACCUAA